AUGGAUACCGAAGAGUUUCGUGUGAGAGGCAAAGAGAUGGUGGACUACAUCUGCACAUAUAUGAAUACUCUUCGCACGAGGCGCGUGACUCCUUCCGUGGAACCAGGUUACCUGCGCGCCGCCUUGCCAGCUGAGGCACCCCAACAUCCUGAGUCAUGGGACGAUGUUAUGAGCGAUGUGGAAAAUAAGAUAAUGCCAGGUGUAACGCAUUGGCAGCAUCCAAGAUUUCACGCUUAUUUCCCUUCAGGCAAUGGAUACCCUUCGAUAUUGGGUGAUAUGUUAUCAGCGGGGAUUGGAUGCAUUGGCUUCUCUUGGGCUGCUAGUCCUGCAUGCACGGAGUUGGAAAUUAUUAUGCUAGAUUGGAUGGGUAAAGCGAUUGGGCUUCCCCCGGCGUUCUUAGCCCUAGAAGAAGGUAGCAAGGGAGGUGGUGUGAUAGAGGGUUCAGCCAGCGAAAGUGUUCUCGUGUCGAUGCUAGCCGCCCGCGCCGCAUCUAUCAAACGGCUGAAGCAUCAAUUCCCGACGGUCGACGAGGGCCUUCUGCUGUCCAAGCUAAUAGCCUAUUGUUCUAAAGAGGCCCAUUCAUGUGUCGAAAAGGCAGCUAUGAUUUGCUUUGUAAAACUGCGGAUUCUACAACCCGACGAUCACGGUUGUUUGAGAGGCGACAUUUUGAAGGAGUCCAUGCAAGAGGACGAAGAAGCUGGCCUAGUUCCGUUCUUCGUCAGCACGACACUGGGAACAACAUCAUGCUGCUCGUUCGACAAUCUCCCCGAAAUUGGUCCUGUGGUUCGAAAAUUUCCAUGCGUCUGGUUGCACAUCGACGCCGCAUAUGCAGGCAGUUCUUUUAUCUGUCCUGAACAUAAAUACAAUUUGGCUGGUGUAGAAUAUGCAGAUUCGUUUAACACCAAUCCGAACAAAUUCAUGCUGACCAGUUUCGAUUGCUCAUUGCUUUGGGUGACGAACAGAUAUCUGCUCACAUCAGCUUUGGUCGUAGACCCUCUGUAUCUACAGCACUGCUAUGACCACACAGCCAUUGACUAUCGCCAUUGGGGUGUUCCCCUGAGCAGGAGAUUUAGAUCUCUCAAGCUAUGGUUCAUGCUGAGAAGCUACGGGAUCAGUGGCCUACAGAAAUAUGUGAGGCGUCACUGCGAACUCGCUAAGUACUUCGAAAACCUCGUGAAGAAAGACGAGAGGUUUGAAGUCUGCAACAAUGUUAAGUUGGGUCUAGUGUGCUUUCGGCUUGUUGGAGGACCAGAUGAGACUCCCGAACAAGAAGAUGAAUUGAACAAAAAGCUGUUAACCAACAUUAAUGCUUCUGGUAAAAUUCACAUGGUACCAGCAUCCGUUCAAGAUAAGUUCGUUAUUCGAUUUUGUGUUGUGCACCAACAUGCUACACGUGAAGAUGUAGAGAUCGCUUGGGAUAUAAUAUCAGACUUCGCUACUGAAUUAUUAGAAGGACCAGAUAAAGAAAGGGACUUGAAUGAAGAAAGAGCGCGUCGCAAUCGUGCCGCCUUGGCUCACAAGCGUUCAUUCUUCGUCCGUAUGGUCAGUGACCCGAAGAUAUAUAACCCAGCGAUCAACAAGACGCCACCCCCAGUUCCCACAAGCCCGUGUACACCACCGCCUAUGGCUCCGACAACACCAGAUACCCCAUCCGACGCCGGUUCCGUGCAGCUUGUACCUUCGACUCCAAAACAAGCGUCGUGGAUAAGCUGGCCCCUUGCACUCUUUUUCCAAAGCGUCGAUCAUGACGCCAAUGAUUUGCCGCUCAGAUUUCGCCAUUUAGAUACAAUGGUUCGUCUGAAGAGCCCUAACCACGGUCGACGCGGGUCUUCCCCCUGCGCUUCGCCCGAGCGUCGCGCACAAUCACCACAUUGA